AUGGAACAAUUGGAGAAAUUGUCAGUGGACUUCACAAAGUUUCAAAAUGAUCUCAAUGAAUUGAUGAAAGCCAGACAAAAAUUGGAAACACAGUAUCAGGAAAAUAAGAUCGUCCUCGAUGAAUUGACCCAAAUCAAAACUGAUAAAGAAUCAAAUAAAAUCGUCGAAUACCCAAAGAUUUUUAAACAAACAGGAUCGAUAUUAUUGCCAAUUGAUUUCCAAGAAAGUGAGACUAAUGUCACCAAAAGAAUUGAGUUCAUCACCGGUGAAAUCACCAGAGUCGAGGCAAAAGUCAAAGAAACCAAUGGCAAACUCGAAAAAACAAGAGAUGAAUUGAUAAAGCUUAGAUCGACUGCCACUGCUUAA